UCUGCAAAAAACAAGCUGGUACAGUCAGACUACAAAGCCGAAGACUACAAUCAGCAUGUAUAAAAUUUAUACAAAAGGUCUUUAUUCAUCAGCUGGCCGCUUCCCAGCGAGGGCCAGCAACCUGGGAGGGGUGGUCUGUCACAAGCCAGCAACAUUGGAUUUGGGAACACAAAAUGGUCAGUUAUUAGUGCGCUCCAUAGACCUCCUUAAGUCCAAAAUGGGACAAAAUUGCCUGGAGCAUCACACGGACCGUUACCAAAUUGAUAACUUGAUUGUCCGACGAGGGCAGAGCUUCCAGAUGUGGAUAGAGCUCUCACGAGAUUUUAAACCCAGAAGUGACCAGCUGCACCUCGUCCUUAAACUCAGCUCAGUGCCCCUGUCAAAAGGCCCCUUAGUGACUGUUCCUCUAGUUAACGAGUUUCACGGCAACCAGUGGGAGGCCAAGAUUGUCGAACAGAAGAGCAAUAAGAUAAAACUGUCUGUCAUCUCUCCUCCAACCUCUCCUAUUGGUCGAUAUGAGCUCAGUGUGGUAACAAGAGACACCACUUUCAGUUGCAAGCCUGAAAACGAUAUCUACCUGCUAUUUAACCCCUGGUGUAAAGAUGACAAAGUGUUUAUGGAUAACGAGAAUGAGAGGAACGAAUACGUUCUGAAUGAUGUGGGAAAGAUUUACCAUGGAACUGCGGAUCAGAUUGGAGCCAGGACCUGGAACUUUGGGCAGUUUGCUGAAGGGAUUCUGGCAGUGUGUUUGUACAUACUGGAGAAGAGUAAAGCCCCUGCUUCAGAUUUGGGAGACCCCAUUACUAUCACCAGAGUUGUGUCAGCUAUGGUCAACUCUCCUGACGAUGAAGGUGUGCUAGAGGGCAACUGGUCAAACAACUAUGUGGGUGGGACUCCCCCAACAGCAUGGAGUGGCAGCAUUGACAUCCUGAAGCAGUACCACAAAAGCAGAGGCUUGCCUGUAAAAUAUGGCCAGUGCUGGGUAUUCUCAGGGGUCACCACUACAGUUCUUAGGUGUUUGGGCAUUCCCACUCGCAGUGUGACAAACUUCAGCUCCGCCCAUGACACAGAUGUUUCUUUAACCAAUGACGUGUAUAUUGAUGAGAUGUUAAGGCCAAUUAAUAGUCUCAACCAGGAUUCUAUUUGGAAUUUUCACGUGUGGAAUGACUGCUGGAUGGCUCGUCCUGAUCUCCCGGCUGACCUGGGGGGCUGGCAGGCUGUGGAUGCCACGCCUCAAGAGACGAGUCAGGGCAUGUUCUGCUGUGGCCCCGCCCCCGUGGCAGCCAUCCGUGAUGGACUGGUAUAUUUCAAAUAUGAUGCACGCUUUGUCUUUGCUGAGGUGAACAGCGACAGGAUCUACUGGCAGAGACAAGCUAAUGGCUCCUUCACGCCAAUCUUCUGUGAGAAGAACGUGGUGGGUUUCUGCAUCAGCACCAAGGCAGUCGGAUCUGAUGGCAGAGAGGACAUCACACAUCUCUACAAACACCCAGAAGGAUCUGAAGAGGAGCGACUUGCGGUGGAAAAUGCUUGCCGCUAUGGCUCCAAGCCUAACACCUAUAGCUGUGCUGUGGCUAAUGAUGUCACUUUAAACGUUGCCUUGAAAGGGGAGGAGCCUCAGAUAGGCCAAGAUGCACAUCUGUCUAUCACUGUGAAGAACUGCAGUUCUGAGAAGCGCAGUGUUGCUCUCUACCUUCAGGUGUCUGUCAUAUACUACACUGGAGUGCUAAAGGGCACAAUACACAGUGAGGACAUAUUGGUGCAGCUCAAAUCACUGGAAGUUCAGACACUAGAUUGGACCCUGCCUUAUAAGCUGUAUAAAGAUCAGCUGGCAGACCAGGCGGCGCUGAUGCUCACCCUUGCUGGACAAGUCAGUGAGACCAAGCAGAAUCUGGCGACCCGGUUCAACUUCCGCCUGCGCACACCCGAAAUCACAAUCAGCCCUGUAGGAGAUGCUGUGGUGGGGAAAGAAAUGGCAGCUGAAAUCAUAUUUCAGAAUCCUUUACAGUGCAUUCUGAAAAGAGUCACUUUACGCAUUGAGGGCUUGGGCUUGCAGACCACAAAAGUGAUCUCCUUCAGUGACAUUGACAGUCUGGCACCGGUCACCUUGACAGUGAAGUUCACUCCCACUUUAUCUGGUCAGAGGAAACUUCUCGCCUCUCUGGACAGUCAGCAGCUCACACAGGUUUAUGGCGUUGCUGACAUCCUUGUCAAAGAGAAUUGAAAAUACAUAGGAGCUUAAAUUUGAAGACGCUGUGUAUUCUCAUAGCUGGUGCUGUGCUUAAGUGAGAAAGGAUUAUUAUAAUAAUUGUAGUAUUUGGUUUUUUAAUUACUGGUUAAUAAUCACUGCUUACUGAUGCAAGGAAAUAAAAAAACGAAUUCAUUUUUGCAGCAAAUCUCAGGUAAAGCAUAAAUAACUAUUCAUUUUUUCCUUUAUUAUUUGCUUGUCUAUACGUGGGGACAGAUUUUGCUGGCUGGGAUAAACACACACACACACACACACACACACUGUAUUCUCAUGAUAAUGUUUUAAUAUUAUGAUUAUUGUAACAUUAGUCUAUAUUUACCUUGAAACUGAAAUGUAAAAUCUGCUUGUUUUUUUUUUUAAAUCAAUUCUUAGCUAUGUUUGGGCUAUGUGAUAUCAUUGUCAUAUAUUUUUCCUUUCUCCCAGAAUAUCUUUUGCUUUUUUUAAACAACAGCAAAAAAAAAUCCUGUAAGAAAUUGCAGACUGCCUCAGAUUCUACUUCAUGGUACCCAUCAG